GAUGCAUGAAUUGUGGCUCUGACAGUUUCUCAACCUCAGCUACAUCAUGCUGCAUGUUUUCUUUAAUCCCGCUUGUGCCGUUGUUAUUUUAUUUCUACCUGCCUGCCGUAUACUUGAAUGAUUUUAUUACGACCCUGACCAAGCAUUGUGUGUUGUCAGUCAUUCUCCAGUCUUCUGUAUUAUUUUUUUUUUUUUUUUAUUAUUUUGAAAUGUGAAACAGAUGACAUUGCAAAGGGUGUUCUUAUUAUGUCCUUUUAAACGUAUACUGACUUAAAACUGACUAACAAAAAAACUUAGAGAAACAAGAAGUGAAUCUUCAGCACUUCCUCCAUGGAGGUAUUAAAAUAAAACCGUAGCCUCUGAGGUAUAGCUCAGCAACUGAUAAAAUACGUGUAUUGAUUUGGCCGAACAAACCAGCUCUGAACAGAACAUUUGCCAAAUGGUUUAGGCUUGUGGGGAAAAACCGAAGACCAAAUAUAUGUUUGCUGAAUCCCAGGUGACGGAAACCUCAGUACCCUUUUUAUCACACACACCACAGGAGAAACAGUGCUGGUUGGCAGUUAGAGGAAAACUUCCUUUUUUCUCACAGAGGCAACUGUAUAUGAAUUGCUCAACAUGACUUAUUUGGCUGACAGCUUUUAAAGGAACUAUACAUGGAAUAUCGCUAACAUGGAGGCUAGCAAACACUGGCUAAUGCUAGUAUGGUGGGUGCUAAUCACGUUUCUGAUCGGCUUGGUAUUGUGCACGCUGGAUAUAAAAUACCUGAGGACCCAGCCAUGUGACGUCCAUAAUUACCCUAACGGGACCGUUGAGUUUAACUGCCGUGGCCGACGAUUACGAGACAUGCCUGUGAUUUUUGAGAACACCACCAGCCUUGAUGCAUCUGAGAAUGAAAUCAAGAACCUGACAGUGGAAUCGCUGAAAGGCCGGCAAAAAUUGAUAAAUCUCAAUCUAAACUGGAUGAACCGCUAUCACAACGUGAACAUCACUGAGGGAGUUUUUGCAAAUUUGACAAAGCUGAAAAGCUUGAGGCUUAAUGGAUUGGGUCUGCCAGAGAUACCGGCGCAGCUUCCAGUGUCUCUGAAAGAACUGAGAUUGGAUGAGAACAACAUUUUCUCACUGAGUCCCCGGAACUUUUCACAGUUAAAAAAUCUGACCCAUCUUUAUCUAUCCAAAAAUUGCUAUUAUUGGAAUCGCUGUUUUAUGGGUUUUAAGAUUGAUAAUGGCACUUUUUCAAGCUUGCACAAGUUACGACAUCUGAGUUUGUCGUAUAAUAACCUCACCCAUGUUCCCAGAGCUUUGCCUGUCUCCUUAGUAACACUUGAACUCGCUUCCAACAAUAUAUCGUUCAUUGGAGAAGAUGAUUUCACAGGGCUCCCAAAUCUCAAAACCCUUAAAAUCCAGGGAAAUUGUCCACGCUGUCACAAUGCUCCAUAUCCCUGCACUCCGUGUGCCAAUGGUUCUAUCGAUAUUCAUGAACGAGCUUUCGACCACCUUAGAAACCUUAGAAUAUUGCAUCUUGCUGGGAAUUCUAUUUCUGUCAUCAAGAAAGCUUGGUUCGAGAACAUUUCGCAGCUGCAGCAACUCUACCUUUCCUUCAAUUUUCUGACUGGACCGAUCACGGAUGGAGCGUUUUUGAGUAACUUAAGGUUUCUGGAAAAACUCGAUCUCUCGUUUAAUUAUAAUUUACAAGCAUAUCCAGAAACCGUGCACCUAGCACCAACCUUUGCCAAGUUGUACAGUCUUCGCACGCUGCAUAUUCAAGGUUUGGUUUUCAAAAAGAUCCAAAACGACUCACUGGCACCUCUUUAUGGUUUGCAAAAUCUGUCCACUUUAGAUAUAGGAGUCAAUUUUAUUGUGCAUGUGGAUCCAGAUAUAUUUAAUAAAUUUGUUAAUUUAAAACUGCUGUAUCUAUCAGAAAACCGUCUUUAUCCUGUCACUAACUCUGCAGAUAGAGGUCCGGAUAAUAACAUAAAACCGCCACGCUUCAACCUACCUGGGCUGACAGAUUCGAGUUCUAAAAGGAAACUAGACCCUUAUCAGCCUAUCAGAAGGCUUGUCAAACCAGAGUGCUUCGCAGCUGGCCAUGUGUUAGAUCUGAGCAGAAAUAAUCUGUUUUUCAUUUCCGCAAAGCAAUUUGAGGGAUAUAAAAACAUUGCCUGUCUCAACCUGUCCCGCAAUGGCUUCGCAUCAGCGUUAAAUGGAACAGAAUUCACGUCACUGCCUAACCUAAAAUAUUUAGACUUGUCUUUUAACAAGAUCGAUUUGGCCUAUGAUUAUGCGUUUGAAGAAUUGCAGGAGUUGGAGGUGCUUGACCUCAGCUAUAACGAACAUUAUUUCCUUGUGCCUGGAGUGACCCAUAAUUUGAAGUUCAUAAAGAACUUACCUAAGCUGAGAGUAUUAAAUAUGAGUUCCAACAACAUUUUUACACUAACGACUAAGCACAUGUGCAGCCACUCGCUUGCUGAGCUCCAGUUCCAGCAGAAUCAACUGGGGAGGCUUUGGAAAGACGAAACAUACGUGAAACUUUUCUGGAACUUAACGAAUCUGACGCAUCUGGAUAUAUCGCACAACAGCAUCAAGAAGAUCCCUACAAAAGUCUACAAAUACUUGCCUGUCACAAUAAAAAGGUUCAGACUGAACGACAAUUUCCUGACGAGUCUCAACUGGACUUUGAUGAGGACCUUUACACAGCUUGAAGAGCUCAUUCUUGGCUACAACAGUCUCACGUUUGUCUCUAAAACCAUAACCCAGAAUAUCCCGUCCUUGCGUUAUCUUGACCUGAGCCAUAACAAAAUCUCUCAGCUGGCCAACGGAUUUCUCGACGGCGCCGUCAAUCUUAACAAGCUCGAUCUGAGUUAUAAUAAAUUAAGCAUCCUUAAUCGGUCCACCUUCCCAUCCAAGGAAACAAAUCAUUUGGACACUUUGUGGCUCCAUAAGAACCCCUAUCGUUGCACGUGUGACAUAAUGGACUUUAUCCUUUGGAUUUUUGAAAGCGAAGUGAAAAUCCCCAAUCUGGUCACUUCGGUGAAAUGCAACGUCCCCGAUGCGACUAAGGGCAAAGGGGUGGUGUUCUUUGACAUCAGAGAAUGCGUUGAUGACCACGUCGCCUCCCUGAUCUACUUCUUCACCACUUUGCUCGUUGUGGGCGUCACUUUUGUGGCAACUUUGAUGCACAUGUUCUACUGGGACGUUUCGUACGUGUUCUACUACAUGAAGGCCAAAUUCAAAGGGUACCAGCACUUGAGCUCUGGAGAUAAUGUCUAUGAUGCCUUUGUUACCUAUGACACCAAAAACCCGCAGGUCUCCGAGUGGGUCCUGAACCAUCUCCGGGUUCAGCUGGAGGAACAAGGCAAUCACUUCCUUCCGGUCUGUUUGGAAGAACGUGACUGGCUGCCCGGCUGCCCCGUCCUGGACAGCCUGACCCAGAGCAUUCGCCAGAGUCGCAAGACGGUCUUCGUCCUCACUCAUUCCUACGUGAAGAGCGGCUCGUUCAAGAUGGCCAUGUACCUGGCGCACCAGCGGCUGCUGGAUGAAAGCGAGGAUGUGAUCGUUCUGCUGCUACUUGAGCCCGUGCUGCAGAACACGCAUUUCCUGCGCCUGCGGAGGCGACUCUGCAGCCACAGCGUGCUCGAGUGGCCGCGGACGCCCGCCGCGGAGCCCUGGUUCUGGCAGUGUCUGAGAAACGCAAUUCGGGUCGAGAACAAGGCCAUGUACAGCAACAUCUACUCCAGAUACUUCACUAUCAAAAACAGACCCAGAGAGAAAGAAUGAACUACACGAGACAUAUAUAUAUAUAUAUAUAUAUAUAUAUAUAUAUAUAUAUAUAUAUAUAUAUAUAUAUAUAUAUAGACACACAUUUCAUAUUAUACAUAUUUCAUAUACAGCGUAUAUUUCAACCAACACCAUCUUCUUAUCACCGUUGCCAUGAUUCUGUGGACUGGAUGAGGGCGAAUGUUCAAAUGUGAAAAUAUUGUAGUGUAAUCUGCAUCAUGGCCAGCCUUUAUUUUCUUUUUUUUUUCCUAAUUAAAAGUCAUAUUUGUGCUCAUAGAUCAUCAUAACUCAUUUCUGUAGUUACAUGGCUUUCUCACAUUUUUUCUUUUAGCAUUCUAGCAAGUUAGAUGCUAUGGUGUUGCCAGAUUGCUAGGGUAUUGCUUUGUGGCUCCUAGAAUGUUGCUAUUUGGUUGCUAUGAUAUUAAAGAGGGUUGCAAGGGUGUUGCUAUACUAUCCCAAGUGGUUGCUAGGGUGUUGCAAGGUGGUUGAUAUGGUGUUCCAUAUGGUUGCUGUUGUGUUGUUAAGUGGUUGAUAUGCUAUGCCAACUGGUUUUCUAGGGUGUUGCUAGGUGGUUGCUAUACUAUCCCAGGUGGUUGCUAGGGUGUUCCUAGGUGGUUGAUAUGGUAUUCCACUGGGUUUCUAGCAUGUUGCUAGUUGGCUGCUGUUAUAUUCAAAGUGGUUGCUAGUGUGUUGCUAGGUGAUUACUGUGUUAUUCUAUGGGGUUGCUAGGAUAUUGCUAGCUGGGUUGCUAUGGUAUUCCAGGUGGGAGCUGUGGUGUUUCUAGGAGGUUUCUAUAUGAUCCCAGCUGGCUGCUAGUGUGUUAUUUGGUUGAGCUUCUACAGCUUGUUAGCGCAAAACGCAAUACGCAAACUUCAGACAUGAAACAUGUCUUGGCUGGACUACGUUUUAGAUCCGAAGUGCAUCGUGUUCAUUUUAGUUUUGGCUGAACUGUCAGAAGUAAAGGUACUCUACAGGUAUAAUUUCCUUUCCAAUUUUGUACGAAAGGAGUAAAUGUAGUUUUGAAGGUAAACAGCGGUUGUGUUGUUGUACUGAAUGCUGGGUUCAGAGUACAGAUGGGUACACAACCUUAUCGCAGAAUUACACACACACAAUAAGAUCCACGUUAAGGGGUUUUAGAAACCCAGUGUGUAGAAGGCCCAGUGUUUCCUGUUUCACUGAGAGAAAUAUUGUACAUGGUAUGUUUUAAAUUCAAAAAAAAAAAAAAAAAAGAAAUUGUUCCGUUGUUGCUUUUGUACUUAAUAAAAUUUCAGAAUUCAUUGA